CUAGAGAUAACUCAUUUGAGACUAGGCUGAAAGAGCAGCAGAGGUCAUGUGUCUGAAAACAGGUUAUCAGUGCAAAUGCCUGCUGGAGGGUGAUCCUUGUGAACCGUGCAGGAUGACGAAGAAAGACAAGGAGGCAGAGGGGGCCCACCUGCCCGACACUGUGGGGGUCCCAGAACAGGCAGAGAGCACCUGUGAACCGGAAUUCUCCCACUCCUCUGCUGUGGUCGCACACAAAGAACGGAGUCAUUACUGGGGCUGGAUGGGGUCUGGAAUUAUCUGUGUGAAUGUCCUGCUUUUGGGCUGUGCUUUGGUCAGUGGCAGUGCCGACAAGGACAUCAAAAUCAGCACGACUCACCUGCAGAUUUAUCUCAUUGUACUCCUCAUCCUCACCACCGCAUGGAUGAUUUACUAUUCCGUCUAUACAGCCAAGCAGGAACAUGCAAUUGUGUACCAGGACUCUCAUGCAGGACCAAUCUGGCUCAGAGGUGGUCUGGUCUGUUUUGGCAUCCUAAGUUUCAUCAUGAAUAUUUUCAAGAUUGCGAGCUACGUGGGGUACCUCCACUGUGAUUCUGCAGUUAAAGUCGCCUUCCCUGUAGUUCAAAUUGCAUUUAUAACCACACAGACUUACUUCAUGUGGUUCCAUGCCAAAGACUGUGUGCAGGUCCAGAAAAACGUAUCACGUUGUGGAAUAAUGAUUACGCUUUCCACAAACCUAGUCAUGUGGAUGGCAUUAGUUACAGAGGAAUCUCUUCAUCAAACAUCAUUUCCUGACUAUGCAGUCAACAAAACCAAAUAUAGCGGCCGAAGUUCUUACAUUUCCAAAGCGAGCUACGGUGAUGACACAUGCACAUGCAGCCACACAUCUUGCAGUGUCUUUAAGGAGGCAUACUACUACUUAUACCCCUUUAACAUUGAGUACAGCCUCUUCGCUUCAGCUAUGGCCUAUAUUAUGUGGAAAAAUGUUGCACGAGUAGCAGAUGAGCAUAGCCACCACCAUUUCAAAUUCCAUUUCAAAGAAGUUAUUUUUGGCCCAGUUGCAGGGGUACUGAUAGUUGUCGCAGGCAUAGCCACAUUUAUUAUAUAUGAGAUGGAAAUGAAAAUUGACAGUUAUGAUGAUGAUGAUUCAAAGAAUGACCAUGCACUAAUGAUUCACUUUGUAAUGAACAUUGUGAUAGUUACACUGAUGUCCCUCGCAAGUGGUCUAGGUUGUGGCAUUUUUAAACUGCACCAUAAGGACCAUGUAUCAGAGAAGAACCCAACACGAAGUCUAGAUGUUGGGCUGCUAGUUGGUGCAUCACUAGGUCAAUUCAUCAUUAGUUACUUCAGCAUUGUAGCAAUGGUAGCCACAGGGGCAAGUGGUCACCUGAACAAACUCAAUCUGGCUUGGGCGAUAAUUAUGAUUAUCCAACUCAGCCUCCAAAACUUCUUUAUAAUCGAAGGACUGCACCGGGAGCCACACCAUGAGAUCCAUCCUGUUAGAAUCGUCACAAACCCAUAUCUAAAAGAGAAAGAGGAAUCCGUAGGAUCAGAAUUGGACCAAAGGAUGCCUUCUGAAAUUGUCCUGCAUGAACACGCCCCUGAGCACAAGCACAAAAUGUCAUGGAAGAGAAGAAUUGUGAAGGAAGUCUGUGCCUUUUUGCUUCUGGGCAACAUCAUUCUAUGGAUCAUGCCUGCCUUUGGUGCUCGUCCUCAGUUUGACCAUGACACGGAAGUGAAUUUCUACAAUUUCAGCAUGUGGGCAGCCAUAGUUAAUAUUGGACUUCCUUUUGGCAUCUUUUACAGAAUGCAUUCAGUUGCGAGUUUGUUUGAAGUGCUUCUGUGUUCAUAAAGGUGCAAAAGUAUAGGAUAUGUGUGUGCGUAUGUGCAUGUUCGGUCAAUGAAAUAUAUACUAUUAAGCUAUUUUGUAAAAUAUUGUAUUAUAGUUUCUAUUUAGAAGUGUUUUCAGCAUUUGAUGUGAUCUGUAUAU